AUGACUCUCUCCAAUGGCUCCAACGGCGCAAACGGCACUAGCAACGGCCAUGGAGCCCAUCCUAGCGCUAAUGGCUUUCACGACGCUGCUAACGGGGGUGCUAACAAUGGCACUCCCAAUGGUGGCGCUGAAUACAAUGCUAGCCUCCCUCAGGUAGACGGUGACAUCUCGUCUGCUAUAGCCGUCAUCGGAGUCUCUGGUAGAUUUCCCGGUGAUGCAACUUCGCCUCGUCAUCUUUGGGAUCUUCUCAAGGAGGGCAGAAACGCGUUGAGUGAUGUUCCUGAGAGCCGUUUUAACAUUGAUGGGUUUUAUCAUCCUGACGGUGGAAGGGCGGGGACGUUGAACACCAAGCAGGGGUAUUUUCUGAAGAGUGAUGUUGAUAAGUUUGAUGCUGGAUUCUUCUCUAUUACGCCUGAGGAGGCGAGGGGUAUGGAUCCCACGCAGAGAAUUCUGCUUGAGCUGGCCUACGAGGGUCUCGAGAAUGCUGGUCUCAAGAUUGACGAGGUCGCCAAUCAACACAUGUCCUGCUAUAUCGGAGCAUGUCAGCAUGAUUACUGGGAUCUUCAAGCCUACGAUAUGGACAGCGCACCCAAGUACACCGCCACCGGUACCGGCCCAGCCCUUCUUUCAAAUCGCAUCUCGUGGUUCUUCAACCUCAAGGGACCCAGCGUCACCAUCGACACCGCCUGCUCUUCCACGUUGACUGCCCUUCACCUCGCAGGUCAAAGCAUCCGAAACGGCGAAAGCGACUCGGCUCUCGUCGGAGGUCUAGGUCUUCAUCUCCUCCCCAACUUCGGCGUCUUCAUGUCCUCCAUGUCCUUCCUCAGCGCCGACAACAAAUGCCACUCCUUCGACGCCUCAGCCAACGGUUACGCCCGCGCUGAAGGCGGCGGCUUCGUGGUGCUCAAGCGUCUUGAUAAGGCGCUUGCUGACGGCGACACUAUCCGCGCCGUCCUCCGAAGCACAGGUAGUAACCAGGACGGUCGAACCCUUGGCAUCACGCAACCUUCUGCUUCUCGCCAGGAAGAGCUUAUCCGUGCGACUUAUGCUUCAGCUGGUCUGACCUUCGACAAGACCAAUUUCUUCGAGGCGCACGGAACGGGUACCAAGGUCGGUGAUCCUAUUGAGUGCUCGGUUAUUGGGAAUGUGUUUGGUAAGACGAGGGAGAGGCCUGUUUAUGUUGGCUCUGUGAAGAGUAACAUUGGACAUCUUGAGGGUGCGAGUGGUCUUGCGGGGCUUGUCAAGACGAUUUACAGUCUUGAGAGUGGUGUGAUCUCUCCGACUUAUGGGCUUGAGAACGUCAAUCCGAAGAUCAAGCUUGAUGAGUGGAAGAUCAACCUUCCUACUGAGAAGAUCAAGUGGCCUGCUGGUCUGCGACGGGCUAGCAUCAACAGUUUUGGUUACGGUGGCGCAAAUGCUCAUGCUGUUUUGGAUGAUGCGUACCACUUCCUCAAGACUCACAACCUCAAGGGCCAUCACAACACCAAGGCCGAGGGCGUUCCCGCUACUGGCUUGAUUGGUAACGGAUCUCAAGACAUUAUCGAGAAGACUGACAAGAAACCUCGCCUGUUCCUCCUCUCAUCCCACGAAGAGUCUGGCAUCGCUCGUCUCAGCCAGACUCUCCAGGCUUAUCUCGCCGACCCCGCAGCCCGCGACCUUCCCGAGGACCAAUUCCUCCACCGUCUCGCCUACACCCUCUCUGAGAAACGAUCCUCUCUUCCCUGGAAGACAUACGCAGCUGCCUCAACCAUCGAAGAGCUCCAGCAAGCCCUUGAUGGAGCACUCACCAAAGCCGCUCGCGUUCCCCGAUCACAGGCCCUCACUUUCAUCUUCACCGGCCAAGGAGCUCAGUGGUUUGCCAUGGGCAGAGAACUCCAGAAGUACCCUAUCUUCCGGCAGUCCCUCCACGCAUGUAGUCAGUACCUUAAGGACUUCGGCAGCACAUGGGAUCUUGUUGAAGAGCUCAACCGCGAUGCGAAGGAGUCUAUCAUUGACCUUCCCUAUGUCAGCCAACCUUCUUGUACUGCUCUCCAGCUCAGCAUUAUUGAUCUUCUUGCAAGUUGGGGUAUUCACCCUCAAGUCACUGUUGGUCACUCUAGUGGUGAGAUUGCUGCUGCUUAUGCCAAGGGUGCUUUUGACAAGGAGGCUGCUAUGAGGAUUGCGUACUUCCGAGGUCAUCUCACUGGUAACAUCACCAAGACUGGAUCAAUGGCAGCUGUUGGUCUUGGCCCUGAGCGUGUGAGCGAGUAUCUCAGCCGUGUCACAGCAGGUAAGAUCGUCGUCGCUUGCAUCAACAGUCCCGCCAGUGUCACUCUCUCUGGUGACGUCGAAGGCAUCGAUGAAGUUCUCACUUUCCUCCAAGCCGACGACAUCUUCGCGCGUAAACUCCGCGUCACUACAGCCUACCACUCUCACCACAUGCAGCAGAUCUCAGAGGAGUAUCUCAACUCUCUGUCUGGCAAGUGGGAGCUCAAGCCUGGUAACCCCAAAGUCCGCAUGUUCUCCUCCGUCUCGGCCAAACCUAUUGACGGCACUGAGCUUGGCCCUGCGUACUGGGUCGCUAACCUCGUCAGCCCUGUCAACUUCUCCGGUGCUGUCACUGCUGCUGCUAACGCUGGUGCAUUGGGCAAGCGUAAGGCUUCGGGUAAGAAGGGUAGUGCGGAUGCCAUGGUUGAGAUUGGACCUCACGCUGCACUCCAAGGACCUCUGAAGCAGAUCCUUGAUAGCAUCGGUGACAAGGGUGCUUCGCCAAAGUACUUCUCUGCCAUUAAGCGAAAGCAAGAUGCCAUCCAGACUACUCUCGAAGUCGUUGGCGAGCUUCUCGUUCUCGGCCACCAAGUCAACGUCCCUCUCGUCAACGCCUACACCGAAACCACCUCCGCACUCGUCGAUCUUCCCCCCUACGCUUGGAACACCACCAACAGCUACUGGCACGAGUCCCCCGCAGUGACCGCCUACAAGCAGCGCAAACACCCCCGCCUCGAACUCCUCGGCGUUAGGGAUCCUCGCUCCACCAAGGCCGAGCCUGCGUGGCACAACUACCUCCGCAUCUCGGAGCAGCCAUGGAUUGAGCACCAUCAGUUCCAGAACACUAACAUUUAUCCUAUGGCUGGUAUGAUCGUCAUGGCGAUUGAGGGUCUGCGGCAGGUUGAGACGCGAACUGAUGUUGAGGGUUAUACUAUUCGGGAUGUCAACAUCGGAAGUGCUCUUGUUGUUCCGCUUGAUCAGACUGUUGAGACGAGACUUCAGCUUACGCCAUGGAGGUCUGGCCCCAAUGUCUCGUGGUCGCACUGGACGGAGUUUACGGUGUCUAGUCGCAAUGAAAGCGGUUCUUGGACGACCAACUGCACUGGUCUUGUCAGUACGUCUUACAAGCGUGAGACCAAUAGCACGUUCUUGGAUGAGGAGGCUGCAGCCAACGCUCUUCUGAGCCAAGAGUACAAGGCUAUCUCCAACUCCGACCUGCCCAGCGUCGACCCAACUGUCUUCUACACCAAGCUCGACGAGUCAGGCUUCAGUCUCGGCCCAGCAUUCCGUGGCGUCAAGGAACUUAACCUCUUUGAUCACAAGGCUCACUUCUCCAUGGAAGUCAUCGACACAAAGGACUUCUACCCCAAGAAGUGGGAGCCCGCUCACCUCAUCCAUCCCGCCGUUCUCGAUGUCUUUGUCCAUCUUUUGAUCUCCAGCACCGGUGACGCCGCCGAGAUCAAGGCUCGUGUCCCCGUGUCUACUGCUUCUCUGUACAUCUCUGCGGACUUUGACUCGACUAGCGGUACCAAGUAUCAUGGUUUCAGCACUUCCAAGAAGCAUGGUGCUACAAACAUGCUGAGCAAUGUCAUCGCGUUUGCCGAGGGUGGAUCCAAACCAUUAAUUGCCCUGGAGGGAUGCAAGACUGUGCCUUUGAGAGGUGCCUCUGAUCCUUCUUCGGGUGAUGGCCAGUCGCUUGGCCAUGUUCCUGUUGUUCCCAAGAAGGUGGUCGAUGUCGAUAUCUCUGAUGCUGUGACUCUUGAGAAGCUGCUUCAAGGUACUGACUUUGCCUCUAAGCUGGGCAGUUACCUGUCUCUUCUCGGCCAGAAGCGACCUGGACUGAGUGUACUUGAGUACAGCUCGUCCACUUCAAGUAUUCUUCUCAGAGCUCUCACUGCACAAGCUGAAGAGCUUCAAGGCAGCAUUACUUCUGUUGCUCUUGCUACUCCUCUGGACGGGCCUGCCGACGAAGAGACUUCUGUCCCUGAGGCCUGGAAGAACAAGGUUCAGCAGGAGAAGCUUGACCUCACCCAGGACCCCAGCACUCAGGGGUUCGAGGACGUGGCACUAGAUGUCAUCUUCAUUGAUGUUGAAGAGCAGGGUGAUAUCUCACUUGUCUUGAAGAACGCCAAGAAGAUCCUCAAACCCUCCGGCAUCUUGCUAAUCACCAACCACGCGAGUGCCAUCUCCACUGAUCUUCUCACCUCCACCGAUCUCACCUCGACCACUGUGUCAGAACUCAUCAUCGCUCGCCACAAGCCCGAUACGGACCCCUCAGUCCGCCAAAUCCUCAUCGUCACUCCGCCUUCCCCAUCCUCCGGUCUCAGCAAACUCAUUGCACAGGCUGAGAAUGACUUGACUUCUCAGGGCUAUGAGGUCAACAAGGCUGACUUUGCCAAUAUCCCCGAGCAGACCACUCCAUUCCUGACCUUGUCUGCUCUUGAUGUUGACACUCCUUUCCUGGAGAGCUUUCAUCAUGAGACCUUCACCAAGCUUCGCUCCCUUUUCCUUGCCUCACGUGGCACUCUCUGGCUGACUCUCGACACUGCCUCUCGAGGUCUCGUAAACGGCCUUGGACGAACUAUUCGUGCUGAACACCCUGACAUCUCCUUCACCGUUCUAAGCCUCGAUGCAUCCACCUCCCUUGACUCCGCCUUGAACACCAAGACCAUCUCAUCCAUCAUCGAGAACAUGUCCCGCAAGACCUUUGGUGAGACCUCAGACUCCGAGUACGUCAUCCGCAACAACCAAGUCCUCGUCGAGCGCCUCAUUCCCAACCCCGACCUCAAAGCCCUUCUCGACUCCUCCAAGACAGGAAACAACCUCUCAGCGGUCAAGGUGCCUCUGAAGCAAGUCAACAAGCCUCUGCAACUCUCCAUCCGCGAUCCUGGUCUUCUUGACACCCUCGAGUACCUCUCUGUUCCUGAUCUCUUUGAACCUCUUGGUGAUAACCAGAUAGAGAUCGAGGUUGGCUCUGUGGGGCUGAACUUCCGCGAUGUCAUGGUUGCGAUGGGUCAGAUGGAGGAUAACACCCUCGGUAUUGAGUGUGCGGGUGUCGUCGCCAAGGUUGGGGCCGGUGUGCAGAAGUUCAAAGUUGGUGAUCGUGUCUUUGGUAUGCACGCAGGGUGCUUCCAGACUCGUGUCCGCGUUGAUCCUCGUACGUUCCAGCGAACGCCUGAGCAUCUCGGCGAUGAGGAAGCGGCUUCUUUGAUGUGUACCUCUGCUACAGUCGUGCACUCGCUCAUUGACGUCGCGCGUCUUCAGCGCGGUGAGUCGGUCUUGAUUCACUCUGCGGCGGGUGGUGUCGGUCAGGCUGCCAUUCGUCUAGCUAAGUACCUCGGCGCUGAGAUCUUUGCUACUGUGUCUUCUGAGAAGAAGAAGCGUCUCUUGAUUGAAGAUUACGGUGUCAAGGAGUCUCACAUCUUCAACAGUCGUGACUACUCCUUCGCUGAUGGUAUUCUCCGUCUCACGAACCAACGAGGUGUCGAUGUUGUCAUCAACUCUCUUGCUGGUGAAGCCCUUCGCCGAACAUGGCUUUGCGUUGCACCCUUUGGUCGCUUCAUUGAGCUUGGAAAGCGUGAUAUCUACGACAAUAGCGGCCUGGAUAUGCGUCCGUUCCUUGACAACAUCACGUUUUCUGGAUUAGACAUCUUGACCCAGGUCAUUAGCUAUCCUGACCGCUUCGAGGCUAUCGGAAACCAGGUCGUUGAGCUUCUGUCCAAGAAUGCCAUCUCGCCUUUGAAUAACCUUGCACGAUACUCUUUCGGUGAGGUCUCCAAGGCUUUCAGACUGAUGCAGAGCGGUGGUCACGUCGGCAAGAUUGUUCUGUACCCUCGUCCUGAUGACAUUGUUCCGAUUGUUCCCGAGGGUCUCGAGAGCUUCCGUCUACCUCAUGAUGCCACGUACGUCCUCAUCGGUGGUCUCGGUGGCAUUGGUCGAUCCGUGACGCGACUUCUCGUCGAACGAGGCGCGCGACAUCUCGUCUUCCUCUCCCGAUCAGCUGCUGCACGUCCUGAAGCCCAGGCUCUCCUCGAUGAGCUUCACGCUCAAGGCGUCCAAGCUAAGGCAUUUGCAGUCGAUGUCGCAGAGAAGUCUCAGCUCGAGCCCGUCAUUAACGACGUGAAGCAGAGUUUCCCUGCCAUUAAGGGAUUGAUUCACUGCGCCAUGGAUCUAAGAGACGCGGUCUACAGUAACAUGACGGCUGACGAUUGGAACGCGUCUCUCCGUCCCAAGCUCCUCGCGACGCGUAACCUUCACGAUCUCCUCCCUACCGACUUGGACUUCUUCAUUUGCCUGUCUUCAAUUGCUGGUAUAAUCGGAUCGCGUGGUCAGGCCAACUACAACGCGGGCAACACGUACCAAGACGCGUUAGCUCACCACCGCGCAGCUUCGGGACUUGCCGCCACCAGCAUCAACCUCAGUCUCGUCGUCGGCAUCGGUGUUUCCACGGAGCGCAGCGAGGUCUUCCAGCUUCUCAAGGAUGGCGGUCUUCUCGGCAUGGAUGAGAAUGAUGUCCUCAACGUCAUCAAGGCCGCCAUCUCAGGUUGUGCCCCUACACAAGUCGCUCUCGGCGCGUCUACAGGCGGUCAACUCGACAAGCUAGCAGCCAACGAUCCCUACUGGUUUGCUGACUCGCGAUUUGCGGUGCUCAACCAGUUGGAUCGUCAAGGCACUGGUGCCGUAGCUGGAGGCCAGGACUGGAAGAAGCUCCUCGCCGCGGCUGCUUCACCCGAUGAGGUCUAUGAGAUUGUGCUACAACAGCUUUUGGAGGGCGUUUCCAAGAUCAUCAAGGCUGAUGUGGAAGAUAUGGAUUCGCGAAAGUCACUGCCUGCUCUUGGUAUUGACAGUCUCGUCGCGAUUGAGAUUCGCACUUGGCUACUGAAGGAGUUCCAGGCCGAUCUCUCUGUCUUUGACAUUGUCAGCAACGAUCCUCUGACUGGAUUUGCCAAGAAGGUCAUGGCAAAGUCUGUCUUGAUUGCAUAA